CGGGCACAACACAAAAAGAUUGUAAAAAGAUGGCGUGUUCUCGUAACAGCUUGGUUUCGUUCUUUAUCCUCGGUUUAUUCACCGUCUUAAUCAGUCCGGCCAUCUCUUCUCGCGUCUUGUCCUCCACUAAGCGUCCGGUCAAUGGUGAGUCUCGCUCUUCCGUUGCUUCCUACUGCGAGAGCUGGAGGUUGGCCGUCGAGACCAACAAUGCGGGAACAUGGAAGGUGGUUCCAUCCAAAUGUGUUAGCUCCCUUGAAACCUAUUACAACGGAGGCCAGUUCGACAAGGACUACAAUGUAGUCGCUCGUUACGCGCUCGCCUUCGCUAAAACGGUUAAGAUUGGUGGAGACGGUAAGGACGCAUGGGUCUUCGACGUUGAUGAGACGCUUCUCUCGAAUCUCGAGUACUAUAAGGCUAAUGGUUAUGGGUCUGAGCCGUACAACUCAAAGAAGUUCCAUGAGUGGGUGGUACAAGGUACAGCUCCAGGUUUUGAUGCGAGCUUGAAACUGUACACAGGUCUCAAGAACAUUGGUUUCACUAUCAUUCUGCUAACCGGCCGAGACGAAGCCGAGAGGAGAAUUACCGAGAAAAAUCUCCAUGACGCCGGUUAUUUCGGUUGGGAACAUCUCCUCCUGAGGGGUCACGAAGAUCAAGGUAAAGCAGCUGUAAAGUACAAAUCAGAGCAGCGAUCAAGAAUGGUUAAGAAAGGCUACAUACUCCAUGGAAAUACUGGUGAUCAAUGGAGCGACCUGCAAGGCUUUGCUGUAGCUGAUCGUUCUUUCAAAGUCCCAAAUCCAAUAUACUAUAUUGCUUGAUCAUCGGCUUUUGCAUGAAAUUUUAUAAUUUAUGUCAGAAUAAGAACGUAGGAAAGAACUUGGUGAUUGGCCGCAAAAUAACCAGCCUUAAAUGAACAACGUUCUCCUUUUAAUGGCUUAUGUUUUCAAUGCUUUAUUUGUUUAAGAAUAUCUUCCGA